CGUAUGGCCCAGACACAAAGACUACAAGAGUUCAAAUUGAAUGAAAUCCCAGAUGCAGUUUAUUGUGCUACUCCAAUCCCAUUCAGUAAUUACCAGAAGGAAAAAAGUGGUACACAAUAUGGGACUUUUAAUUAUAAAGAAGCUGAAAUACACAUGGGACUCUUAUUUUGAAAUGUCUGUGCUCACUGAUGGCUGAUUCGUUGAGAAAGUGAAUCUGAUUCAUACUGCUAACCUGAGCUCCUGAGUUCACACCCUCUGUUCUUUUCAGGUGAUUCAUGAAAAAGUUCCGGUUCAAAAGAGUCAUUUGUUCAAGACUCUCUCGCGCUGGGUUUGUUGCGUGUGGUGCAGCGAGCUCGUCAGAAACAGAACUGGUGAAAAGUGGCAUGAGGCACACUAAAGAUGAAUUCAGUAACUCAUGAUGAUAUCUGACAAAACUGCAUAUAAACGCACAACCCGACUGUCGCCAUUGGUGAUUAGAUUUUAAAUUAUUGUCGCAAUCAAUUAUUUUUGGUCGCUAUAGAACUAUUAAUUAUGUAGGCUAUAUAUGAUAAUACAAGAUAAUGUGUUAACGUGAACAUUACUACACCCAUAUUAGCUACAAUUCUUAACAGUUUAUUGUGUAUUAUGUAUGUAUUAGUAUACAUUUGUAUGUAUUAGAAUAUAUUUCAGUCUGGAGCCCUGCUCCUGCAGCAAAGCACCCCCACAACAUGAUGCUGCCACCCCCGUGCUUCAUGGUUGGGAUGGUGUUCUUUGGCUUGCAAACCUCACCCUUUUUCCUCCAAACAUAACAAUGGUCAUUAUGGCCAAACAGUUUAAUUUUUGUUUCAUUAGACCAGAGGACAUUUCUCCAAAAAGAUCUUUGUCCACAUGUGCACUUGCAAACUGUAGUCUGGCUUUUUUAUGGUGGUUUUGGAGCAGUGGCCUCUUCCUUGCUGAGCAGCCUUUCAGGUUAUGUCGAUAUAGGACUCGUUUUACUGUGGAUAUAGAUACUUGUCUACCUGUUUCCUCCAGCAUCUUCACACGGUCCUUUGCUGUUGCUCUGGGAUUGAUUUGCACUUUUCACACCAAAUUUCGUUCUUCUCUAGGAGACAGAAUGCGCCUCCUUCCUGAGCGGUAUGAUGGCUGCAUGGUCCCAUGGUGUUUAUACUUGCAUACUAUUGUUUGUAUAGAUGAACCAGACUUGUGGAGGUGCACAGUUUCUUUUUUCUGAGGUCUUGGCUGAUUUCUUUUGAUUUUCCCGUGAUGUCAAGCAAAGAGGCACUGAGUUUAAAGGAUAGAGAGUUAUUCAUGUAAGAUGGCUGGUGAUGACAAGCACAUGUUUAAGCAGUUCUGUCAGGAGGGGGAACCGCACAUACUGGAAGCUUUGUCUCCCCCUCAGUCCAGCAGUGCUCCAAGUCCUAACCUAUUGGGGAAGAGUGGGGAGGAAGGCGAGAACCCACUAAGUGAUAAAUGUUGCAGGAAGACUUUGUUCUAUCUCAUCACCACCCUGAAUGAGUCGUUCCGGCCUGAUUACGACUUUAGUGCUGCCCGUGCCCAUGAAUUUAGCAGAGAGCCCAGCGCUAACUGGGUGGCUGACUCGGUUAACAGCAGCCUUUAUUCCGCUGUGGGGGAGCAGUUCAACACUUUGGGGCCAGAACUGUGGAAUGCCAUUGACCAAGAGAUAAACCUGCAGAGCUGUGACAUCUAUAGCUACAACCCAGACCUUGACUCUGACCCCUUCGGUGAGGAGGGCAGCCUGUGGUCCUUCAACUACUUCUUUUACAACAAGAAACUAAAACGCAUCGUUUUCUUCACUUGCCGCUCAGUCAGUGUCCUCAGUAGUUAUGGUCGUAGUGGCCUUGAUAAUGAGUUAGACAUGGAGCUGGAUGACGAAGAGGAAGUGGAUGGUUUCAUGGAAGACAGGUUUCCCCGAGCUCUGUGUGUCUAAAUCUUCUUUAGGGAUGUCAACCUGAACUUUAGCCAAAGGGCCUCAUUGUUUACCACCUCCUUACUUUUUUGUUGAAUUCAUCCAUUGAUUAGGAGGGAAAAAACUUUCAAAAGCUUUCUUUGUUGGAAUGUUUUUUAUUUUUUUUUUUUUUUAAAUGUGUGAUUCAUUUUGCUCGGUUCUGUAAGGCCUGAAAAGGGGAAUUUGUAAAAGUUAAAUUUAGACCUAUUUGUCCUUAAGAUGAUCAAAGACUGGCUGACAAGAAAUUCAAGAGAGCUGCUUGGUUUGACAUGGACUCAUUUAGGCAUGGGCUAAGACACAAACCAUGUAAAAACUACACUAAAAACCAAUUUUUCCAAUUUUUCCCAGGAAAUGUAACCAUAGCAGCAUUUUCAAACACCUGCAUUUUGACAACAGAGACUAGAUGUUGACACAUUCAAGACAUAUUUUUUUUUUUUUUUUUUUUUUUUUUUUUACACAAAGACCAUGUGAGCCACCAUUUCUGGACCUUGAAUCUCUAAAUGUUUUCCGGAAUUGUCUUUUUUUUUUUUUUUAACUCUGUAAAGUUUGAAGUUUAUGUGUGUUAAUUUUGUCUUUAAGUUUCUUAGUCUACUGUGUGAAAGCUUUAAUAACUUCGUUUAUGAUACCACAAGACUUUCACACUGUUUAUCAGAUUUUAUUUUUUUAUUUUUUUGCCUUGUUUCUAUAUAUUAGCUUAAAAAAAAAAAUGUAGUUUUUAAAUUGAAAUUGCUGUCUUAUCAGCAUUCAGCAAUUUCACUAUACACUGAACUGAUUCUAUCCGUUCACUCUUUUUGUUGCUGGCUUUGUCAUUCUGGUACUGCUGUACCUGCUAAAAUUGUUUCUAGUAUGAUAUAUCCAUAUAUAGUCUUUCUGUUCAGCAGUAUUUAGAGCAGUGCUAGAUUGUAUAUGUAAUUUAUCUUCGCCCUCUUUUUGGCAUGCAUUUGAAUAAAUCGACUCCAUCUUGCUACUUUGGCAUAGCUAAAAUGUAAACGAAUGAACCAAACAUCAAAGCUUUCAAAGCUGAAGUUUCUGAAUGUGUCUGUUUCUUAUAACAUUAUAAAUUUGUUUUUACCGCUGUUUUGAAGUGGAUAGACAAAUUUGAAUAGAAUAUACUUCUUGUAGCCAUUUUAGCAUUUAAACAGGCAUUUAUUAUAUUGAUAACUUUUAAGGAUUAUUGUGCAUCUGUGACUUGGGGGGGGGGGGAAUAAAUGUUUUGUGUUAUUUACAGUA